AUGGAUUUUAUUGCUAAGAGAUCUUACCUAAAGAGAAUGAUGUCUAGCAGUGAUGUAGCCUGUUACAACUUACUUAGAAUGCAUAGAUCAACAUUUGAUAAGUUGUGUUCUAUGCUAACGGAUGUGGGUGGUCUUAAACCUAGCGCCUUGGAUGGAACUCACAUCAAGUUAAGAGUUCCUUCUCUUGACAAGGCAAGAUACCGGAAUAGGAAAGGAGAGAUAACUACAAAUGUGUUGGGUGUUUGCUCACAAGAUGGUUUCUUUAUAUAUGUUUUGCCUGGGUGGGAAGGGUCCGCAGCAGAUGGACGGGUUCUUCGUGAUGCCAUAAGUAGAAGGAAUGGCUUGAGGGUUCCACAAGGUCACUAUUACUUGGUUGAUGCUGGGUACACCAACUGUAAGGGAUUUCUUGCACCGUAUAGAGGGCAAAGAUACCACUUAAGUGAAUGGAGAGAAGGGCGACAUCCUAGAAGUGCACAAGAGUGCUUUAAUAUGAGACACUCUUCUGCACGAAAUGUAAUUGAGCGGUGUUUUGGUAUUUUGAAAUUAAGGUGGGCUAUACUAAGAAGCGCAUCUUUUUAUCCCAUUCGAACACAUAACCGAGUUAUAAUUGCUUGUUGCCUCCUACACAACUUAAUUCGUCAAGAAGGUGUAGAUCCACUUGAAAAUGAAGUUCCAGAAAUGGGUGUUGAUAUGGACGGGAUGGAAAACACCCCAAUUCAAAACAUGGAUGCUUCUGAUGAAUGGGCUACCUUUAGGGAUACUCUUGCUAAUGAAAUGUUCACCACUUUUUCUUCUAAUAGGAUAUCUAGAUGA